AGAGAGAGAAGGAAGGAAGGAAGGUGGCAAGCACAUGAAGAGAAACACAAGGAGCGCCGGAGAUGCAGCUGUCCACAUUCUCCCAUGUUUGAAAAAUUGGGAAAAAAAUAUUCAAGAAUCCAAGAGCCACCCACAUAGUGCAGUUAAUAACAGUUGACUUGAUUGUAUCAAAUUCAUUUCCCAUAUUCCUUUUUUCUACUAUUAUCUAAACAUCUAAUCUAUAAAUCAGACUACAAUUCUUCAAUGGCUUCCAAUUCACUCCCGAGAGGAGAGACAGAGAUUUGGGCUUGAAGAGUGAGUUUUAGUACUCAAAAUACCAUGAGCACCACCACUCACGUUUCGCUUCUCGUACUCUUGCUGGCUGUUUCUUUGCACACCCGCUGCCGUGCCGACCCCUACGGCAACCCAUCGCCGCCUCCAGGAAGUGCGGUGUCCGGGAAGACCUUCCCUUGUGGCAUGGGCACCAAAUGUGGUGGGAAUAAUGGCAUGGCGUUUGCUUGCCCGCGACAAUGUCCCGACAUCAAGCCCUCCAACCCCAAGCAGAAAGGCUGCUCGGUUGAUUGCAGCUCCCAGAAAUGUGAAGCUGUUUGCAAGGGGCUCGGGGCGAAUUGCAAUGGAAGGGGGGCAGGUUGUCAAGAUCCGAGAUUCAUCGGAGGGGAUGGCGUUAUGUUUUACUUCCAUGGAAAGAAGAACGAGCAUUUCAGCUUGGUUUCCGACUAUGGCCUCCAAGUAAACGCCCGUUUCAUCGGCCGGCGUCCCACCGGAAGGUCCCGCGACAACACUUGGAUCCAGGGCCUCGGCCUCAUGUUCGGUUCCAACAGCUUCACGCUAGAAGCGAACAAGGUCGCGCAAUGGGACGAUCAGGUCGAUCAACUGCGCUUCACCUACAACGGCAUGCCUCUCUCCAUCCCCCCGGUCCACCUCUCCGCCUGGACGGCCCCUGACAAACAACUCCUGGCGGUGGAACGCACCGCGAAUUGCAAUAGGGUCACGGUGGUGCUGCCGGGCCUAGUGGAGAUGUUGGUGAACGUGGUCCCGGUAACGAAAGAGGAUGACCGCAUUCACAAGUAUCAGAUCCCGUCCGACGAUUGUUUUGCCCAUCUGGAAGUGCAGUUCAAGUUUUCGCAUCUCUCGGAGGACGUUGAAGGCGUGCUGGGCCAGACGUACCGUCCGGGUUUCCAGAGCCCUGUCAAGAGAGGAGUCCCCAUGCCGGUCAUGGGAGGGGAAGACAAGUUCAAGACAUCUUCCCUCGUGUCUGCCGAUUGCAAGCGUUGCAUUUUCGCGACGGAUGCUUCUGCGGCUAAUCCAUUGGAAUUGGAUCCGUCCAUGACAGUGGAUUGCACCAGCAAGAUGAGCAAUGGUCGCGGAAUCGCUUGUCGUCGCUAGGAAUAAAACGAGUUUCUCAACUUUGGAUUUGAAAAAAAUAACAAAACAAAAUUAAACAAAAAGUUUCUCACUUUGGUUCUUUAGAGGCAAUUUGUUUUUGUUGUUCUUUAGAGAUUUCAAUUGUGUUUUGUGGUUUUGGGUAUCGAUUGGUCGCUCUGGUACCUUGUAAUCAACAACUAGUUGGAAUAACCGUGCUUGUAAUCAACAACUAGUUGGAUACACUAUUUGGCUAAUUAUUACAUCAAACAAUGAUACCGAC